CAUAAACUCCUGCUGCCGUCAGGAUGAGAUGGAACGCGUUUGCUGGAGGAUGAUGAGCGCUUAUAACGCGUCCCUCACACGGACAGCAUGAAUUACUGAUAGGCGUCACACACACGUGUUAAAUCAUGAGUGAUGAGUCUCCUGUACAGACCCGCAUCACCACUGACGUGCCAUUGACAUCUGGCAUGCAGGACAACUACGUGCUUCUGCUGGUGUUGUUGUGUGUGUUUGCUGGCGGGACGCUGAUCAUUCUGUCCAUCCUGCUCAUCUUCUGUCACCGCUGCUGUCGAGGAGGACGCCGAUACUCCAGAGCCAGUGAUGAUCUGGAGAAAACCAACACCACAUACGUAGAGGAGAUUCUACCAACACAAGAUGUGACCAUCAGACUGGAGAGCGGCGAGUCCCUGUCCAUGUCCAGUUGUCAUGGCGAUACAGACACAGAGCAUUUCCUGUCUGCCGCGUGCACAGGGCGACGGGUGUCGUUCAACGAGAGCGCCGUCUAUGAGCAGAGCGCCAAAGACCAAGAGAAAGGUCGUAGGUACACGCUCACAGAGGGCGACUUUCAUCACCUGAAGAAAGCUCGUCUGACUCACCUGCACAUACAGACUCCUGCCCUGAACAUCCUCACCAUCAUGGAGUGUGACUCACCUGAGAACAGCGUCAGUGUCACCGAACAGCCCUCGCACACUCCCGCCCUCGCUAUAUUUCAGCCCAGCGAGGGCCCGUCUCCAGAGCCGCCCGUCUCGUGGAAUGGUCAAAGUCCCGUCAGCGCUCUGCCUGGAGAUUCGCUCAACUCCACCCUGAACGCCAGCGUUAUUAACGGCAACCCCGAAUACGCCACGAAACCACCACGAUCGCAAACCGUGGAGUUGAUAAGCAGCACUGUGCCGACGGAGACGGAUUCUGGUUCCGGUCCGGUCACGAUUCGCUCCGGUCCGGCUCUGACUCACGGCACCAUGUUUCAUUUCCUGUCAAAACUUCGGCGUCAUGCCAGUCUGGAGGGCGCUGCGCCAUUCUUCGCCGUCAAGAAGUGGAAGUUUGACACCAUUCAGAGAGCAGCGAGUCUUGACAUAAAAGGAUCUCCACGGAGACGUGCGUUUCAGAGCCAGAGAGCGACCAGCGAGACUCUUGAGCAAGACGAGGAAAAUUUCCAAGGUGGAGUCGGUGACUUCCUGCUGCGCAAACCCCCUAUUCAGCCACAGGCGGAUCCCCUCAGACGGCUCUCCGCGAGCUCUCUGGACACCAGCGCAGGGCUUCCCGCCCCACUCAGCAGGUUAGAGGUCCAGGCCGUAAUGGAGGUCAGUUAUCAAGUAGAGGGCGUGAUGACAGACGAGGCACUAAUGCUUCCCUCAUCCUGCCAACCUCUGGAGAUGGACAUCGCUGCUGAUGAGGAUAGACAGGAAAUUAUGGCAGGAGCAUCAGGAGGAGAUACUGAAGAAUUUGGACUAGCUUGCCGUCAGGACAGUUUGGAGCAGCCGAGCCUGUAUCGUGACAUCUGGAGCCUGAGAGCUUCCCUGGAGCAGUACGCCUCUUCUGACCUGAGCAGCAACGACAGAGACUCCACUCGCAGUGAUGCCGACAGCGUCUGCUCGGUAGGUGCCUCGAGAAUGGGCUUCCCCGGCAACCAAUCGCAAGACAUUGAUGAUGAGAUGGACGGGGACGGCGAGUUGCAGUACAACGAUGUGUUCAGGGACGCAGGUCUGAGGAGAAACGGAAGAGAUAGCGUGGACUCUGAACGAGGCAGUGACGGAGAGACGGGCAACCGGAAGCUGUUGCAGAUGGACAGCGGUUAUGCGUCGAUCGAGGCGCCGUGCAAGGCUCCGGAGGAAUUUCGACUCUUUGGAAGUGCUUCUCUGAAGACUGCUUCAGAACGCCGCCGCUUUUUCACAAAUGCUGGGCGGAAAGGGACGGUUUGCGAGAGUUUUGAGGCGCGGCUAUUCAAGGAAGAACUAGAAGACGAGGUUCCAGAAAGCAGCGUGACUCUGGCGGCAGAUAAUCCGAUUAGUGUUACUCCAGAACUCACUUCCGAACCCAAACCCAGGCCGCGCUUCCGGCGUCGCGACUACAGCAUCGAUGAGAAGACUGAGGCACUGUUCAAUGAAUUCUUGCGCCACGAUCCUCAGUUUGACCAGCAGGGGUCGCCCUCAUUGCGACACCGCCAUCGCUCACGUAUCCAUCUUCGGAAGCAGUGGCAGCGCACCAAACAGUACAGCGACCCAGGUGCUGCACGAUACUCGCCAUCCCUUGAGCGACAGCGCUGCUACCCGCUACGCAGAGGCGACAGUGCAAACUACCCCUUGGACACACGCUACCAUAGCACCCUGCCUCGCAUUGCUAGCGCCGCGGACGAAGAGGCCAGUGAGGGGGCAGCUGGUACUGAAUCUGCUUUGUCAGACAAGCCAGAAGAGCUCGAGGGUGCUGGUCAAGCCUCAGAAACUGGAAGCUCUGGUCCAGACCUGGAGGAGAACAUCAACAACAGCAGCAACAACACUAGCUGUCUAUUCUCUUCAUCUCAUCUGCAGGACAACAGUGCCAGGGAUUGUGGGAUACCCAAGAACGUGAAGACAGAUUCACACAAACAUUUGCCGAUGGACUGUGGCGAGACCACUUUUAGCACUCAUUUGCAAUCAAAUACAAACACACUCACGCAUGGAAACAUCCAUCAUACUGACACGGAUAAAGUGGACUACACACGUAACGCCGUUACUGACAUCAGUCCAUCGGACAAACUAGCGUCCACUCUGGACGAUUGGAUCUACUCCAGUCUGAGGACUCAAAAAGGAAGUCAAGAGUGUGCGGUGACUGUAAGCCGCACCUCACCCGAACAAGAAUAACAGCAUGUUCAGAAUGGUUCGGGCCAUGCUUGAAAUGGUAGAGCCACUAGGUUUGUGUCUAGAUGGUAACCCUCAUCUUGUGAAAUUCAUAUACAACAUUCAUACGUGUUUAUUUGGAUUCCUGAAGCAACCCUACCCCUAACACUGUCUCUUCACCAGACACACGUGCCGCGUCAGAACAUCAAUUGAUGAACGCCCCAUUUCUAUUUACUCGGACCACAUUGUUUUCCCUAUUCAACUGAAAUAAAAUGUUUUUGUUUACAAAUCAUAUGUGCGGGGGGGCCUGGGUAGGCUACCACACCUGGAGUCGUGAGUUUGAAUCCAGGGCGUGCUGAGUGACUCCAGCCAGGUCUCCUUAGCAACCAAAUUGGGCCGGUUGCUAGGGAGGGUAGAGUCACAUGGGGUAACCUCCUCGUGGUCACUAUAAUGUGGUUCUCGCUCUCGGUGGGGCGUGUGGUGAGUUGUGUGUGGAUGCCGCGGAGAAUAGCGUGAAGCCUCCACACGCGCUACAUCUCCAUGGUAACGUGCUCAACAAGUCACGUGAUAAGAUGCGCGGAUUGACGGUCUCAGACGCGGAGGCAACUGAGAUUCGUCCUCCGCCAUCCAGAUUGAGGAGAGUCACUACACCACCACGAGGACUUAUGGUGCGUUCAUAUACAACGCAAAAAAAAUGUUCGCCUCAUAUUGUAACGCAAACCUGCGAGUAUUCCCGCUUCUCUUCCGGAAAUGCACAGGAGGCGGGGCUUCUACGACUUGGUUCAUAGUAAAGUUCAACCAAUCGCUGGAAUCGAGUAGAUGCGCAUAUUUUCAGAACUUACCAGGCCGUCCGACUUCCUCGCUCGCUUUCCUCCAAGCGACGUCUUUAUUCGUCCGGUCUCUGUACAUGUAUGACGUUGUGUCAUGUGAUUCCGGGUGUCCACACACCGCUACAAUUCUUUCAUUAAUUGUUCCAGAUUUCUUCUGCUAUGACAGAGACAUCCGGACAAUCUUAAUGCUGACAGGCUUUCGCGACAACGCGCCAUGCGGAAUAUUCGCUCGAGGUGAAAUACGUAAACUUGCGCGAAUACGCGAACGAAGCGAUUUCCCGUGUUUGAGUCGCUCCACUCGCUUCAUUCGUGUCGCUCGUGUGAAUUCAUGUCUAUUCGCAUCUUUGCGUUGACUUUGUAUGCAAGCGUGCCGCACGAAACACUCGAUUCGCCUUGUAUGUGAAUGCACCAUUAGAGCGCAUUGGGGAUUGGGUAUUCCAAAUUGGGGAGAAAAUCCACACACACAUACACAUUCGCACACACACACACACACUCACACUCUCGCACA